AAAUGCAUAGACGUUUCUCAGAUCUCAGAUCUGUCUUUGUCUCGCAAAUGGUAACGUAGUGUACGAGAUAAAGACAGAUUUGAGAUCCAAAAGCGUCUAUGAAUUCCGACUAUAGUACCGUUACAGUAGACCCAUUCCGUUACUUCAUAACGAAAUAUCACCAGCUAAAAUAUCGUUACGUGUCGUUGCGCAGCUUUUCUACCAUAUAAUAUCUGCGCAACGACGCUGUAACGAUAGAUCUUAUUGCAGCUUGUAUACAAAUUCCUUAUCUAAUCAAAGCAUUAAGGCGAUGCUGGACCAGUUUCUAUACGUGCAUAUUUUUGGACAGGCAUUUCUCGUAACUGGCUUUACAGAUCGCAAAAUCCUUCUCCGCAAUUAAAGUAGUAACAAAAACAUACACGGGAAACUAUAAUUUAGUACGAAAAACAAAAGUAAAUUAAAAAAUUAUAGUUUAAUUAUUGGCUUCUGCAGCCGACUCGUGACAACAUGUGCCCUAUAUAAAAGUUUUAGACUUUGUAUGUAUGAAAUAAGUAGUUUACUGCGUAUGAAUUAAAUAAAAGAACAAUACGACGCUUGCAGAAUGGUCCUAGAAGCUCUAGUAUGAGAGAAAUGGAUGUCUGAAAAUUGUUUAUUUGUUAUGUAAUUUGCACGUGCAUUGGUGCAAAGAGCAGAAAUUGGUUUCAUUGUAGUUCAGAGAUCUUGCAUUAGAGGCGCUAAAGUAAAAAAAACAAGGACAGAUGAGUGCGUUUGAUAAAGUGCGCUAGUCUAUUCCCCUUACUCUUCGCCUCACGCGCGACCCACAGUUCGCCGAAAAAAAAUCUACAGCAAUCUGCAGUAUCGACGUUAAGUGAGUUCCACCGUCAGUUCAGCAUCGCCUUAAUAAUUACAUGGUUUCGACACAGUCGUCUUUUGAGUUAGAGAUGUAUUCCCACGAACGUGUUCGCAAAAGAUAUUCAUAUUCAUUUAUUGUUAAUAUAAAUAUUUCGCGACCGUUAUAAAUGAGCGCUAGUGGAAAUGAAGAUCAACAAGAUUUCGCAACGAUACUAUAGGCUGAUAACCACGAUAAAUGGGAAUCCCCUGGCUUCAGAUGGAGUGAGAGAAACCUUGAUACUUGACACUUGUUCCACAUCAUCAGAUUUUUAUCUUUGAUUCGAUCGUGAUAUUCUCAAUAUUCACUUGAGAGAUUACGUCAGAUUAGACAAGCGCUCUAUCUAUGUUACGCUCCGACAACGGUGAAUAAAGGAACUUUCUAGAAACAUCCGUCGAGUACACGUCUACAAAGUAUACGUGAAAAGUAUUAAAAAAUAAUUAAUUGUGGGGAUGUAACAAAAAUAUGAGCAGCAUUCCAGAAUUAAUUACAGGAUGUCUAAUAAUAAAUCAGUAAUUAACAUGCUGCAAGAGUUGUUAGUUAAAAAAGGAGCUGUGCCUCUCUACACUUUUACAAACAAAAGAAUUAAUGAGAACAGAACGCUAUUCGUAUGUAAUGUGUCGUACAACAAAUUCUAUGCUUCGGGUGAAGGAAAUUCCAAAAAGGAAGCCAAACAUACUGCUGCAGAGAAUAUGCUAUCACUGUUGGAGGCAAAUAAUGAAGUUUCAAUACUAGCAGAUAAAUCUUCAGUUGCGAACAUAAAGCCAAAAAGCUUUGAAAUGAACGAAAAGAUUUCAUCGCCCUCUUGUCAACCGUCAACCCCUGUCUGUAAUUACAUUGGAAUGUUGCAAGAAUUGUGUCAACAGGAAAAAAUAAACCCAAAAGAAAUUCAUUAUAAAGAUCUCUAUCAGGACGGACAGGAUCACCAGAAAAUAUUCACGAUAGAAGUCAUUUUGGGAUCAAAGAAGGCGACGGGUACGGGACCGUGCAAGAAGUCUGCUAAACAAGAAGCUGCGAGGAAGUUACUGAUGAGUCUAAAUUCAAAAGUAGUUAAUUCAAACGUAAAUAAUGCAAUUGAGUUAGAUAGAACUAAAUUAGAUAUAUUUAGCAUAAACACAAAUGAUCUUAAGAAGAAAAUGCUUGAGAGUGCAAUACGAGAUUUAGGCACAGAAAUAUUAGAGGCAACUGACAAAGAAACUUCAUUGGUAGUAGAGUUAUCGGAGAAGGCAAAGUCACUCUAUCUUGAAAGUUUCACUGAAAGAUAUAACAGGGGAAUCGAUCAGGAAAUCGAUCCAUCUCAAAUCCAGAAUUUUCACAUUUUAUUUAAGAGUAAUUAUUUCUGUAAGAUUCCAUAUGACACAAGAAAGAAGAUGCAGAUUAUACAGGACAAUUGCAACUACCAAACGAAUCUGAUGCAUGAGAUCAGAGAAGAAAUUGAAAGAUUAUUAGAAGUUAAGAUACGCUUCUCUAUAUGUCGCGGAGAGAAGAAUCACAUAGCGUUCGCACAUCUGAUGUCCAAGCCUCGCGUCACGCAAGUCGGCGUAGGUAAUACUGAAACUAUAGCAAAGUCUUGCGCCAUACAUAACCUCGUGAAGGCUAUUUUAAUAUUUUUUAGUAACUAAAUUUCACACUUCUGAACGUAUAUGAUAUUAGUUAUAAAGAAUAAUCCAUAAAUAUGGAAUAAUAAUUUGUUUAUGCGCAAUACAUCGAUUCACAUUUACAUUCAUAUACAUAUAUAUAUAUAUAUGCAUGUAUGCUGUAAUCUCAUCACUUAUACUUUUAUUAUGUUACAUACAUCAAGUUUGUAACAAGAUUGUAUAUAUGUUUUUAUUUUUAAUCGAGUUUUAUAAAUUAAAAAAACAAUUGUAAAACGCAUGAAUUGCAAAAAUAAAUUUAUAAGA